AUGCUGGACGAUCUUUCAUUCUACCUCGAAACCCAUUCCCGGCUGGUGGACAUUGCGGAACCGGAAUCCGUCAACGUCUUCGUCAAGAAGAUUGUCGCAUCCCACUUUCUCAAGCAGACGGAACACCUGCGCGCGACCCUCUCGGCAGUGCAGCGCGGCCUCACACGCAAACAGGAUCUCGCCAAGAUGCCGAUGAACAAGGUCGAGGCCCUCUGGAGCGACAUGCAGGGCUGGGAGCGGCGGACGGGAGAGUACCUCGAGGAUCUCGAAGGUAUUAUGCUCCAGCUCGGCAUCCCUCUGUCACACCCAGCGUCGCCGGCCCCAGUGAAUACGCCGCCGCCACGGGCCGGCGCCCUGACGGCAGAAAACAUUGCAUGGCAGGAUUGUACGGCCGACUUUCAAUUCCUCUACCUCCGUUUCCGGGAGCUGCGGCACCGCACAGAAACCCUCAACGCCGCGGUGACGGGGCUUGCGAGCAUCACGGGGAACAGACAGGCGUACAAGGAGCAGCAACGGAGCAUCCGCGAGGCGAAAAGCACCAAGGCGGUGACGCUGCUGGGGCUGGUAUUCAUCCCCCUGGCGUACACGAGCUCGCUGUUUGGGAUGGAAAUACCGUACGGCCCGGGAGGAGAGUACUUCUGGAUUUAUUUCGUCACGUCGGCGCCGUUGAUUCUGGUAGUGUUGCUGGGGUACUACGUGCUGGAUUUUGGGUAUAAUGACGACGGCAGGGCGUGGUCAGUGGUUACGUUUAACAAGUCGGUUAACGAGAGGUUAGAUCGCUUAAAGCGGCAUGACACUAAGAAGAAAAUAUCUGGGUUGCAAGCAGAUUAG